AUGUCUCCAUCUGAAAAAUAUAUAUAUAUAUAUAUGUAUACAAUCGCCACACGAGGUCUUACAGAGAGCAACAAGCAACAGGCAACAGGCAACAGGCAACAGCAAGAACUAGAACGACAAUAAAUUGAGACCGUAUCAGAUUAGAUCUGUGUGAUUUUACCAUGGAGGAUUUGUUAACUUAGGGUUUUCUGGUCGCCUUCCAAGUAGGAUCCUUGAGUGUUUAGGAGGGUUUUGCUCUUCACUGCUGAUUUUUAUCAGAAAUGGCGUCCAUGAACCCUUUCGAUUUGUUGGGUGACGAUGACGCCGAGGACCCAUCCCAGCUCAUUGCAGCUCAGCAGCAGAAGGCUGCCGCCGCCGCCGCCGUCGCUCCUAAGAAAUCUCAGCCUCAGCCUCAGCCUCAGCCUCUAUCCAAGCAGUCGGCUAAGCUCCCCUCCAAGCCGGUACCUCCGGCUCAGGCUGUGAGGGAGGCAAAGAAUGAAGCUGGCCGUGGAGGAGGUCGUGGUGGUGGACGUGGAUAUGGGCGUGGUCGAGGUGGAUACAGUCGAGACACCAACAAUGAGAAUUCAUUCAGUAAUACUGGAGGACCUGCUGGUCAAGGUGCCCUUGAAGAUGGAGAUGCUGCAAAGCUUUCUGAAAGGCGUGGAUAUGGUGGACCUCGUGGUGGUUAUCGUGGCGGUGGUCGUCGUGGUGGUUUCACCAAUGGAGAAGUUGGUGUUGGAGAACGCCCUCACCGGCAAUUUGAACGCCAUAGUGGGACUGGACGCGGAAAUGAGAUCAAACGAGAGGGAUCUGGUCGUGGGAAUUGGGGAACUCAGGCUGAUGAAGUUUCUCAGGUGACAGAGGAAGCUGUCAACGAGGGUGAGAAAAACUUGAGUGAUGAGAAGCCCAUUGGAGAACAGGAAACAUUGAAUGCAAAUAAGGAAGGCGCUGCAAGUGAACCUGAAGAAAAGGAACCAGAGGAUAAGGAAAUGACUCUUGAAGAAUAUGAGAAGGUGCUGGAAGAGAAGAGGAAGGCCCUACAGGCACUCAAGGCUGAGGAAAGAAAGGUGGAUACCAAAGUGUUUGAAUCCAUGCAGCAGCUUUCAAGCAAGAAGGAGAAUAAUGAAAUCUUUAUUAAAUUGGGCUCUGAUAAGGAUAAGCGGAAAGAGUUUCUCGAGAAGGAUGAGAAAGCUAAAAAGUCUGUCAGCAUUAAUGAGUUCUUGAAGCCUGCUGAAGGGGAAAGGUCCUAUAGCCCAGGUGGUCGUGGCAGAGGGCGUGGCCGUGGUGCCAGAGGGUUAAUCAGCAGAGAUGCAAUGAGCAAUGUGAUGGCCCCUUCCAUAGAAGAUCGCGGGCAGUUCCCAACCUUGGGCGGCAAAUGAGAGUUUUCAGAACCCCACAUGAGAUCUUGUUGGUUGACCGUUUUGGGUUCUUAUUCUCAAUGUCUUUUCAUGAAGAUGACAGCAAUAACGUGAUUUCUGUAUUUCAAAAAACUAUUUAAUAUUAUGCUUUAAAAUGUAUAUUUGAGGCAUUUUAUUUGCUCCCCUUC